AUGUUGCCCUGGACCUCCCGGCAGUGGCGUGUGGGUGAAGAGCAGGUGCCAGGCCUGGGACUCUGGAGAGGAAGCCCUGGGGGAACCAAGAACACCCCACAGGACAGCCUCCAGCCCUGGUCCCGAAGGCCUUCCUACCGGAAGGAGCAGCUGCUGCCUUGGCCGCCCCCAGGCCUGGCUGCCGAGCGGUCCCCGGGAGCCCCGGUUCCCCGCUCCCCACAGACGACCUGGGAGGUGGCCCCGUCAAAGAUGACGCUGCUGGCAUCCUGGGACCCCAACUAGGAGGCUCAAGCGGGACCUCGGCUGGUGUGGGGACCCAGCUGUGGGUCAGGCACCUCCUUCUCAGGCCGGACCUCAUGCCAUCCCUCAUUCUGGCCUCUGUACAAGGCAGCCUCAGGCAGAGGCCUCAGGCAGCUAGCAGGACAUCAGAGUGGAGAGCAGGCACACAGGGACGCAGGGUUCCCAGUGACACGCUGUGAAGACCUCUUUCUUUCUGACCCUCCGCUGUCCUGUGGGCAGCAUGCUCCCCUGCACCUGUCUCAGGCCCCUCAGCAGGUGAUGGGCUCUCUGAAACUGCUGCUCCCACCCCCAGUAAUGUCCCCCUGGGUCCUCCCCAUCCCAUCCUCUGGCUGCUCCACCGCCUGGCUCAGUGGGCCUGAGCUGAUAGCCCUCACUGGCUUCUUGCAGAUGAGCCAGGGGGAGCCAAGACCCAGCUCCCCGGGGGCUCCCAUGCCUCCUGCUGGCCCCCCAGACCCUGUCUCUGACCACCCAGGUGCCAGUGGUGGCCAGAGCUCUUCUCACUGCACAGACCCAUCUCUCCCACGGGCCCCAGACAACCAAGGUCCAUAG